CCAUGGUAGCAGCUGUUGUUAAACACUGUUGAACAGUAGCUAACUUUUGCUAUUGUAGCUAGUACGCGUUACUUUCACGUGUUUUUGAAAAUACUUUAAUUUAAUAGUAAUUUCCACAAUUUCCUCUGUUUUUCGCGAUCAGGGCAUCCAUGUCAAAGUAUAAGGCAUAUGGAUACAAAGGCUCCUGUGAAGAGCGGGAAGGAAGAAGCUGUGUGCGCUACAAAUGUGGCCUGCCUUGUAACACCAUACAAGAUGUCUUGCACCAAAGACCAAACUGGAUUGAGGUUAAAGAUGAUGGUGAGUGGGACUUCAACUGGUGUGAUGUGGGAUGGCUGAGGGAAAAUUUUGAUCAUACAUACAUGGAGGAGCACGUAAGGAUAAACCACUUUCGCAACCAUUAUGAGCUGACUCGGAAAAAUCUCAUGGUGAAAAACCUCAAGAGAUACCAGAAACAGCUUGAAAGGAAGGUUGGUCGCAUAGAAGCAUCCAACUGUGAUUUUUUCCCUUGCACUUUUGCACUGCCCAGCGAGUAUCAUCUCUUUGUAGAGGAAUUCAAUCGAAGCCCUGGCAGCACCUGGAUCAUGAAGCCGGUUGGAAAAUCUCAAGGCAAAGGCAUUUUUCUGUUCAGAAAACUGAAAGACAUCAUAGAGUGGAAGAAGGAUGGUUCCCGCUCAGAGGAACAAAAGGACGGAGUUCAAGUGAAAAGCUAUGUGGCACAGCGCUAUAUAGAGAACCCUUAUUUAAUCAAUGGCAGAAAGUUUGAUCUGAGGGUCUAUGUGCUGGUCACAUCAUAUGUGCCCCUGAAAGCCUGGCUGUAUCGAGACGGCUUUGCCCGCUUCUCAGGCACUCGCUUUUCCCUCAGCAGUAUUGAUGACAAGUAUAUGCAUCUCACCAAUGUGUCUGUUCAAAAAACAGCACCUGACUAUGAUCACGAGAAGGGAUGCAAGUGGCAGAUGCAACAGCUUCGAAGAUACCUGACCGCAAAACACGGCAGAGAGGUGGUCGAAACCCUAUUUAAAGAGAUGGACAACAUCUUUGUCCGCAGUCUGCAGAGUGUACAAAAGGUCAUUAUUAAUGACAAACACUGCUUUGAGCUCUAUGGUUAUGACAUACUACUGGAUCAGAACCUCAAACCGUGGUUAAUUGAGGUGAAUGCCUCUCCAUCACACAUGCCCAGCUGUCAGGAGGAUUACGAGAUGAAAUGCAGACUGCUGGAAGACACUUUGAAUGUUGUGGAUAUGGAGGGAAGGCUCACUGGGAAGGAGAAGAGAGUGGGUGGCUACGAUCUCAUGUGGAAUGAUGGUCCUGUCUACAGAGAGGAUGCCAACCUACAAACAUAUGGCAGCUCAGGUUUCACAGCUAACACACAUCUAGGGUGUGUGAACGACAGAGAGAAACAGCUUCGCCAGCUUCUAAAACCAUUUCCAUGCCAAAGGAAGGCAUAAUCAGAUUGAGAUUUUCUACUACAAUGCUGCUACUCCAGUACUUAGUGUUAAAGAUCCAGUGAUCAGGGUGGCAUUGAGGGGUCUAUCAAGCAGUCAGCUAUGGGGAAAAACAUAUCUAAUCCUUUAUACAGAGUUAUCUGUGCAAAUCUGAUACUUAAAAUCUACUACAAACCUUGUAAUUACCCUACAUUAUAUUCAACAAGAAAUACACUAGUGCAGAGAGUUUUGCUUAUGAAUCCAACAAUCAAUGUGCUUGAAU